UACGACGACACAUUUGACAUUUCGAAUUGUGACAUUUCGACUGUCUUCAUAUUUCAAACAUAGAAGUUGUAACAACACGGUCAACAAACGACUGCUAACGCUUGAGCAAGUGCGUACAUUUCAGUAGACUGUGUAAAAAUCGAAAUAAACAAAAAAAAAAACAACAACGCGCGAAAAAGUAAUUUGACGAAAAAUGGAUUACCGAUUUUUCAUUGAUCCAAAAAUGAAAGCAUCCAAGUAUUUGGUGUAUAAAUGUGACAGUUUGCCGAUUGAAAUGGUAUUAGCAACGGAUAAAAUGAACGCCAACUCGUAUGAAGACUACAAUUUCUGCAUUGAAAAGCAUAAAACAAUGAAUCUAAUCCAGAUCCGACUGAGCAGCGUGCGUGAUAAUACGGCCGUAUUCAUUUGUACGAUCGAUAAUUCGAAAUUUGAGCAUUUCAAAGUGGAGCAAUCGUUGUACGUAACAUUUGAGGCGUUUGUGAAUCACAUCACGGAAAUGGUCGAAAAGUGCCGCCAGAAGCAGAUGAAUAUGUUGCUAACGAUGGUGAACAAUGGCUUUGAACCGAACAAACAGCAAAAAUACCGAUUGCAAUUCUACGAGAAGGGAACAUUGAAGAAUCUCGAGCACAUCAGCCUACCAAUCGAAUCGGCACCAUACGAAGUCAUUUUGUUCCAUAUUAAUCAAACGUGCGCCUAUUCGCAAGAAGAAAACCGAAUACUGAUGCAGAAAAAUAACAAUCUUCAAUUGGAGCUGGCUCAAAAGGAUGAACAAAUUGGCCUGCUGAACGGUGUGAUCAAUGGGCAAAAGCAUAAUUGGAUUGAACAAGAGCGGGUGUUGAAAGAACGAUGUAAGGAACAAUUGACUCGACUCGAAAUCGAAAUCAAAGAGCUUAACGAUGGAAAAAAUUACCAAUCACAAGAGUUUGAGAAGCAAAUAUCCGCAUUCAAGGCACGUGUCGAAUCGUUGAUGAAGGAAAACUACACGCUGACCGAACAACUGCAGAACGAACAAAAACAAUCGGCCAAACUGCGCAACGAUGGCAAAAAAGCAUUGAACCAAAUAGCGAAUCUCAAUCAACAGCUCGAGCAAAUGAACGGAGAACGGAUGAACCAACAGAAUACGGUACAAAAAAAUGAUAAAGCGGUAGCGGAUUUACGGAAGCAAAUCAACGAUCUCGAACAAAAAAUGAUGAUAUACAAGAAACAAAAGCAAGAAUUGCUGGCUGAACUGGAGGCAGAGCGAAACAUAUGCCAGAUCAAAAAGGAUGGCUUGAAAAUGGCCACCGAAGAUAUUUGCAAUGCAAACUCAAUCAUUCGCAAGCAGGCGGCUGAGAUUGAUAUUCUGCGAAAGAAAGUUGAACUACGCACCGAAGUGGCAUUGAAACAGGAACAAUUGCUUCGAGAUGCAAACAAAGGGAAAGAAAACAUGGGCAAUGUCAUUGGGAAAAUUGAUGAGGCGUUAAAAAAAAAUACGGAGCUAAGCAAAGACACGGAAAAUCGCAUCCAAGCCAUUCGAGACAAGACUAAUUUGAUUGAAAGCAAAUACAGAGAUCGCAUCGAUGACCUAUACGACAAACUGUGUACCGUUUCACAGCCAAAGCAGUCACAAAACAACAUCAACAAUGCAUUUGGCUAUGGCUACUAAAGCAUAAAUUCUUAGAUUUUUAUUUCAUUUGAAAUGUAAAUAUUCGCACGAUUCGUUCAUUCAAAGUAUAAAUAAAAUUAUUUUUAUAUCGAAAAAAAAAAA